GGCCCUGUGGGGCGGGGCCACAGGAACGGGACACAGACAGAAACCUGGGGAGACCCCGGCCGGACCGUAAGGGGCCCCCCAGCUCCAUGGCCAUCCCCGGCCCGCAAUCGGUGCUGUACAAGGGGAUCAUGCUUCCGGCCCUGGUGCACAGCACGGAGAGCCUGAGGUACGCUCAGCUCGGCUUCCAGCUGCGAGACAGAGACAUCUUCAGUGUCACGUACCCCAAAUCGGGCACCACCUGGAUGCAGGAGCUGCUGACCCUCAUCCACAGCGACGGAGACCCCCAGCUGGCGUGGUUGGUGCCCUCCUGGGAGCGGGUGCCCUGGGUGGAGCAGACCACGGCAGCUGGGUUCCUGGAGAACCCGCCUUGUCCGCGGCUCAUCUCAUCCCACCUGCCCUGCGUCCUCUUUCCGACCUCCCUCCAUGGUUCCAACGCCAAGGUGAUCUAUACUGUGAGGAACCCCAAGGAUGUCUGUGUCUCUCUCUAUUAUUACUCUAAAAUGGCCUCGUUCCUGGAGUUCCAUGAAGAUUUUGGGGAAUUUGUGGAGCACUUCAGUGCAGGCAAAGUACUGUUGGGCUCCUGCUUCCAGCACGUCAAGGGCUGGCUAGGCCUUAGGGACCGGCUCAACUUCCUCUUCCUGACCUAUGAGGAAAUGCAUCAGGACCUGCGGGGCAGCAUGGAGCGGAUCUGCCGGUUUCUGGGCAAGCCGCUGGAGGUGCGGUCGCUGGACAGGGUGGUGGAGAACGCCUCCUUCCAGGCCAUAAAGCAGAACAAGAUGUGCAACUACAGCCUGGUGCCGGAGAACAUCAUGGACCAAUGGAUCAGCCCCUUCCUGAGGAAAGGGGUCCCGGGCGACUGGAAGGGGCACUUCACGGUGGCGCAGAGCCAGGCAUUUGACCGGCGCUACCAGGAGCAAAUGCAGGAUGUGGGCAUCCGAUUCUCCUGGGACAAGGCCUGAAGGGUCACCGCCCCCCUCCUCCGGACAGCUACAAUCUGUAGGGACCCCUAGAUCCAUGUGUGUGAGCACUUGAAGAGUGCACCUCCCACCCCCACCCUGCUCUAAUCACUAGACCCCCAUCCCCUCUCCCAGAGCUGGGGAUAGAACCCAGGAGUCCUGGAUUCUGUUCCUGGCCUCUGUCAUUCUACAGCCAUUUGGGUUUAUCAGCGUCCGUGCCUCAGUUUCCCUCUCUGUGGGAUGGGGCUGAACCCCCCUCCCCUGGAUUAACCCCAUAUUGCCUUCAGAGCCAUGGCGUGUCACUAACAAACAACCCCAGCACCAAAGAACCGUGCGGGGAACCAGCCAGAAGCGGCUCCAGAAAUGGAGGGGGCGGGACAAGCUUUGCCUGAUACUGAGCCCUGCUUAGGGGACUGGAGUGUGUGUAGGGGGACUGCCUCUGAGGCCCCUUGUGGGUGCUGUGGCAGGCCUUGCCAGAAUCAACCCUCGCCCAGUCCCAUGGCGUCCCCCCCAGGUACCCACAGAGCAUCCCACUCAGCCCCCUCCCCCCCCGAUUCCUGCCUCCCCAUCCGGGAUCAGAGCCCUGCCCCACUCCCGAACUGCCUGAGCCCCCCAGUACCUGCCCAUCCCCCUCCCCCUCCCAGCUCUGUCAGGGGUUGGGGGGGUUAGCUGGGGCUUGGGGUGACUAACCCAACAUCCUUCCAUCUCCGGCAGGGGCUGCAGCCUGGAAUCCCCUUCCCCCAUCCCUGCCCUAGGAUCAGCCCCCAGGCCCAUCUACCCCGAUAUCCCGCCUCCUGCCUUCCACCCAGAUCAGGCCCUGGGGCCCAUCUACCCCGGCAUCCCGCCCCCUCCUGCCUGCCCCCCGGAUCAGCCCCUGGGUCCCAUCUACCCCAGUAUCCCGCCUUCUGCCUACCCUAUGGAUCAGCCCCCCCCCCGGCCCACCUACCCCAGUAUCCUGCCCCCUCCUUGUCCCCCAGCUCAGCCCCCACAGCCCAUCUACCCUGAUACCCCACUGUGACCCUUUCAGGGUUCUUCGGGGGUACAGGGUGAAUCGGCAGCACCAUGCCACCUUGUCUGUCCUCACCGGGGGAAACGGACAAACCUUCUGGCUGGUGGCUGUGCGAGUGCCCCACUCCAGGCCCCACCAGCCUGUCCCAGCCUGGGACAUUGGGGUUUACCUAUGCCGGCCCUUAGGGUCCUGGAGCGGGUCCUUGGGGCAGAGCUAAUUUGAGGCUAAAUCUAUGGAGAUAGUUUCCCACCCCCCCAACCGUCCCGAGGUCUGCUCUGUCCCUGGGGCACCGCCCCCUCCAGCCUGUCUGUGCCCAGCCCCUCAACUGCCGGGGGCCCGCUUUGCACUCAGAUCGGCUGUCUCCAUGGGAGCCUCCCCUGCCCCCUUAACCGCUGUCCCCUCAGUUCAGCCCUCUGCUGAGCACCCGGCCCAGGUUCAUGUCUGCAGCAAAACCUAGAGUCAAACAGGAGCAAGUUUAAGGCUUUGGAAACAGAUACAAGAAAAAUCUCAACCAUGGGUUAGGGUCUGUGCUUAUUCCUAGUUAAACUGGCUAGAACCCAUAGUUAUUACCAGUUAAUAACCAGACUGGAACCUGUAGUAAUUAACAGUUAAUAAACUGGCUAGAGUCAUAAACACAGUCUAGAGCCUAAAUUUAUUCCCAGUUCCUUUCCUGGUAAAGAAGAUGUUUCUCCCCAUUGGUC